CUCUCCCGAAAACAUCAGACAACUUUUAGAAAUCGCUGUUUCAAAUGCUGAAUCUGAGUAUGAAGAAAUUGUGGAAAGUUUUCUUGAAGGAAAUCAAAGUUUGAACGAAUUUUUAGAAAAUUUCAUGAGAGUCAAAAAGCUCAUCGCAUUAAGGAAAUUCAAAGAGGAAAGACUUAAUUUUCAACUUAAUCAAUUAAAACUUUAAAUAUGUUGAAUAUUUGAAAAGUUAUUAAACAUAAAAAUUUAAAAAGAAAACAUUUGAUGUCAGGUAAUUUUUUGCUGGAUUUUUCCUUCGUCAAAAUUGUGACCAGCUACAUUACGAAACCCUUGAGAAAAUUUUGUUUAUAGUCGCACAAGCAGCUUUUCGUUGAUCGAGCAUAAGCUCCAGUAGUUGCAGUUAUUGAAGUCAGUGAAGAUGUCAUUUAGGUACACGCACGCAAUAGUCUCAAGAAUUCCGCUUUCGCUUAAAACGCGAAACAUUGAUGUCGAUAUUGCUAAGAAAGAGCAUGAAGCGUAUGUACAACUACUUCGUGAGCUUGAGCUUGACGUCAUUGAAAUGCCAUCGGAUGAAGAGCUUCCUGAGUCAGUAUUUGUAGAAGACACAGCAGUUGUCUGCAACAAUAUUGCUUUAAUUACAAAGCCUGGAAAUCCAUCACGGCUAAAAGAGGUUGAAAAUGUAAGAGCGAUUCUCAAAAAGGAAUUAGACAUGGCUAUUGUAGAGAUUGCUGAUCCGAAAGCAAAGCUUGAAGGCGGUGAUGUGCUUUUCACUGGAAAAGAAUUCUUUGUCGGUAUUUCUGAAUUUACAAAUGAAGCUGGUGCAAGAGCUGUCGCCAACGCUUUUCCUGAGUUUCCAUGUGUUCCAAUAAGAGUAACGGAGAAACGACAUCUCAAAUAUUAUGUUUCAAUGGCCGGUCCCGAUCUCAUUUGUGUCUCGAAUUCUCCAGCAUCUCAAGGAAUUCUGAAAAGAAUUGAACGUGAAGCAACUUUCACUUAUCAAACUCUAACAUUGAGUGAAGAAAAUGCUUCAAAUGUUCUUUUCGUUAAUGGAUUUUUAGUGCAUCGAUCAAUCGAAGAGAUUCCAGUAACAACUCAAAUUUUGUCUGAAAAAAUUGACAUUCCAAGAAAAGUAUUAAAUAUCAGUGAAUUGGGGAAGUAUUCAUCAGGUUUGACAUCUUGUUGUGUUCUUGUGCGACGAACGCGAUACAUCAGAAACUUGUAACUUAUUUCUUUUUAAACUCAAAGUAUUCAUCACAAUCAUGUCAAUGACAUGAUGUCAUCCUUAGGCAGCUUAAAGUUUUUUUUAUUAAUUAACCAAGUGAAGAUAUUUUUUGAUCUUUUUCAAAUUUUAAGUUUAAAUAUUCUCAGAACUUACGAGAAAAAAACUGAGAUUAAAGUCAAAUAGAAACUUGUCACGAUUUUUAUUUUAACUUUUUAUUCCAAUCUUCCAGCACAUUAUGUUACAAAAUUGAAGCUUUUUUAUUAUUUAACACACACUAAAAAUGUCUCUUGUACUUUUCCUCUAAGUAGUCUUAGGAGUUCGUCAUCACAUUUAAAUGUUCUCAUAAUGUGGUCAUUUCCAUAAUGAUUUAAUUACACAUAAAUACAAGAAACAUACGAAGAGUACGAAUGUUGGUUGUUAAUUACAAUUUAUUGCUUAAUUAUAAACAUUUGUCAUGCAACUUUUCUUGAAAUGUUGCAAAAAGUAUUUUCAAAAUGUAAUCACAUUUAAUCGACAUCUUCAGUUGGUUCUGAAUCGCCAAUUUGAGUCAUUUUAUUAUGGAAAUGAUCAUUUGUCUCGAUAUUUCUAAUAUAGAUUUAUGAUAAAAGAUCUUUAAAGAAAACUUUGUACCUCAACCUUACUAACAGAAAGUCAUAUUAAAAAGCUUAGGAAAUAAAUUAAAUUAACAAAAAAGAUUCAAUCGAUAAUUUAGAAUAAAAAUGUCAUGACAACAAAUUUUUUAUGUUGAAUCUCGUUGACGUAUUUUGUCAAGAAAGCAGAAAGGAAAUUUAAAACGAAAGCUCAAAGUAGCUGAUGCAAUCAUUUAAGAAAACAAAAAGAAAUAUUUAAGUGAUUCCGCCAAACUCUAGACAAUUUCCUUAAUGUAAGUUUGCAAGCAACAGCUUUCACGUGCUUUUUUUAUUCAAUCAGAAGAAGAAAAAAAUGUUAGAGCAUAAAUAACUCAAGUAUAAAUUUAAUUUUCUUUGUUCUUUUUUAAUAGCUAAAGAAAUUAAAUCAAACGCUUUUUAUUGAAACUUUUUCACUUUUGACUUUUUU